UUUCAAAGUAUGACCUUUCCAGCUUGUUUUGGUCCUGUUUUUGAUCUCUACCAUACGAUACGCAGGACAAACCCCUAUUGUAUCUUGGUUAGUGCAUUAGGUCUUUAAGUUCCAAGACCUUACUGCUACAUAGAUGCAAGAUGCGACAGACUUCUGUUUUGCUCCUUUAGUAUCGACUUAGUCCGAACGUCUGUAAAUUCUGCAGAUUCUCUCUGCAAAUUGUCUGAAGAUCUAUCUUUGAUCAAGGCACAUUAACAAGUCACUUAAUGUUAAUCGGCUACAGCCCCUUGCCUACACCGUUCCUUGUUUAGCUUACUUUUGCCCAUUCCUUUUUUCAAAGCUGUCAUUUCCCAUGACCUUUUCUCCUUGUAAAAAUUUUUAAUAUCCUAUUCUGCUGGACAGGAUUAUCAUGGAUUCCAUUAUCAUAAGCCCGGAGUUACCUCCGAACGAUGUCUUACUCCUACGGAACCUAUCCGACGAUAUUCAACGGUGUCAGAACCCCGGGUCGUCUACUAACGGCUCCGCCAAGUCCUCCGGCAGGACGGUAAAUCAUGACUCCUCCGCGCCCGGCCAAGAAGCUACCAAUGGAACCGUCGGCAAUCAUGUCUCAGCAUCUAGGGAUGAAAGCGACCUUACCUCCAUGAAGGCAGUUAAUGAUCCGACGAACAAAGACUUCGAGCCGACCGUCUUCUGUACAGUUGAUUUUCGAGAUCUGUCUUCUCGAUUGCAUCCCUUUAUCUACCAGCAUAUUUUGCUGCCGUACGUGAAAUGGGCUCAGAAUGUUGCUAGACAUCCAAGGACACUAACACAUUUGCAUGAUGUGGUUAUGGUCACCCACCUAAUCCUAUACUUCACCAGCUCCGUGCCUAGCGCAAUCUGGCUCUACUACCAUUUCACUUAUCUCCAUGGAGUUAUCCAUUUCAUCAUGCAGGUUUACUACGUGGGCACAUAUACGCUGAUGAUGCACCAACAUAUACACGGCGGCGGCGUGUUGCGCAAAAGUGCUUGGGUUCAUAUGUUUGACACCUUGUUCCCGUAUAUCACUGACCCUUUGAUGGGACAUACCUGGAACUCAUACUAUUACCACCACGUGAAGCACCAUCACGUCGAGGGAAACGGUCCUAACGACCUUUCAUCCACCAUCCGUUAUCAGCGCGACAACCUCUGGCACUUCCUGCAUUAUGUCGGACGUUUCUACGUCCUGAUCUGGCUCGACUUACCCAUAUAUUUCCUCCGAAAUGAUCGCCCUACAUUUGCGCUCAAAACGGCGUUCUGGGAGUUGUCCAACUAUGCUACGAUCCUGACGUUGUUCAUUUUGAACAGCCGCCCGACGAUUUUCGUGUUCUUGCUCCCGCUCAUGCUGCUCCGUGCCGGCUUGAUGAUUGGUAACUGGGGUCAGCAUGCCCUCGUAGACGCCGACGAGCCCGAUUCCGAUUACCGCUCUAGCAUCACCUUGAUAGAUGUGCCUAGCAACAGGUACUGCUUCAACGACGGGUACCACACGUCGCACCACCUGAACCCGCGGCGCCACUGGCGGGAGCACCCGGUGCACUUCUUGGCGAACAAGGGGACGUACAGCGCGGAGCACGCGCUCGUGUUCCACAACAUCGACUACCUGGAGAUCACGGUGCGGCUGCUGCUCCGCGACUACGCGCACCUCGCGCGCUGCCUCGUGCCGAUCGGCGAGAAGCAGAUCGGCCUGACGAUGGAGCAGCGCGCGGACAUGCUCCGGCGGUGCACGCGGCGCUUCACCGAGGACGAGAUCGCGGAGAAGUUCGGCGUGGCGGGGAAGGAGAAGGCUAAGGCUAAGUGA